CCGCGGCAAUUUUUAUUUUGUUAUAACAAAAAUGUUAUCAAUUUGUAAAAAUAAUUUUAUAAUUUUUCGAAAUUUAUUACAAAAAUUUAAUCAUUAUAAUAAUUUAGUUAAGCAAAAAUUUUUUUCAACAACCAAUUUUUUAUCAUAUGAAAUAAUUGAACCUAAAUAUCCAAUAUCAUCUAUAACAAGAAAUUUUCCCCGAGAUAUUCUUCUACCUGAUUAUGCAAUAAAUGGUCAACCAAAUAAACACAAUAAUUCGAAUUAUGUUAAAAACCCUAAUGAUAUUGAAAAAAUAUGGAAUUCAUGUAAAAUUGCUAAAACAAUUCUAAUGAAAACUGGUGAACAACUUAAAAUUGGAAUGACAUGUGAAGAUAUUGAUGAUAUUGUUUAUAAUCUUUGUCUUUUACAUAAAUGUUAUCCAUCACCAUUAAAUUAUAGUGGUUUUCCUAAAUGUGUAACCACUUCGGUUAAUAAUAUUGCUGUACAUGGUAUACCUGAUCAAAGACAAUUACAAUCGGGUGAUAUUAUUUCUAUUGAUGUUUCUAUUUAUUAUAAUGGAUUUCAUGGUGAUUGUUGUCAUACGUUUGCAAUUGGUGAUUGUGAUCAACAAGCUAAACAUCUUAUGAAUGUUGCUGAAUUAUGCCUGUACGAAGCAAUAAAAAUUUGUCGAUCUGGUCAACGAAUAUCAGCGAUUGGAAAAACAAUCGAAAAUAUUGUCCGAAAAUAUGAAAUGAAUGUUGUUAAAGAAUUUUGUGGUCAUGGUGUUGGUAAAGAUUUGCAUGAAAAUCCACAAAUUCUUCAUUAUGAUAAUAAUUCUGAAGAAAUUAUGAUUGAAAAUAUGAUAUUUACAAUCGAGCCGAUUAUAUUGGAAACAUCAGCCAAUGUGGUUAUGUUUGAUGAUGGAUGGACAGUAGCAAGUGAAAAUGAUUGUCGAUCAGCACAAUUUGAACAUACAAUUUGGAUUCGUAAACAUGAUUCGGUUAUAUUGACUGAAAUUUGAAAAUUUGCUAAUAUUGUUUGGUCGCUUUCUAAAUGUAUCUUAUCAUCGAUUUUGAUCUAAAAAAAAUUUUUCUCUUUUUAAUUAAUUCUAUGGAAACCA